AGGGAACGGCAGGAGCGGGCAGGGACCGAGCAGGGAACGGCAAGGACCGGGCAGGGACUGGUUCGGGAUCGGCAAGGACCGGGCGGGACCGGGCAGGACCGGGCAGGGAGCGGAUAGGAUCGGGCAGGUACCGGGCAGGAGCGGCAGGACCGGGCCGGGAGCGGGCAACAAAGAGCUGGGUCCGGCCGGGCCGCGGGGCAGCGCUCGGUGCGGCGGGAGGAAGGCUCGGAGAGGCACCGGCCCCAUCCAGCCGCUCCCCGCCGGGCUGGGAGCGAACGAGGGAACCGGGCAGCAGCGGCGGGGAAGCGCCGGGGGAGCCCCGGGACCGAUCCCGAGCCCCUCCCGGUGCCGCUCCCGGUCCCCUUGUCUCUCCUGGAGCCGCUCCCGAGGGCACUCCCGGUACCGCUCCCGAUCCCGGUACUGAUCCCGACCCCGGAGCCACUCCCGGUUCCGAUCCUGAUCCCGAUCCCGAUCCCGGUGCCGCUCCCGGAGCCCUUCCCGGUACCGCGGAGCAGCAGCAACGCUUCAAAGUGAAAUUCCGGAGGAAAUUUAAAGAGCAUCCGGAUCCGGAGAAAGACAGAAAGAAAGAGGAAGGGGAGAAGGAGAAGGAGGAGGAGGAGGCGGCGGCGGCGGCUGGCGAGGCUCGGUGCCGGUGCCGGUACCGGCGGGGAUGGGGGAAUGAAUCCCUGUGGAGGAGCCUCAGAGCAGCUGAGAGAGCCCUGAGAGGAGCUGCUGGAGGAGGGGACGCCCCGCUAACUGCACCAGCCUCCUGCCCUUACUAACAAAUGUCAGCAACUCGGGAGCAGCCCAUCUUCAGCACCAGGGCCCACGUGUUCCAGAUCGACCCGGCCACCAAGAGGAACUGGAUCCCGGCCAGCAAGCACGCCCUGACCGUCUCCUACUUCUACGAUGCCACCCGCAGCGUCUACAGGAUCAUCAGCGUGGGGGGCACCAAGGCCAUCAUCAACAGCACCAUCACCCCCAACAUGACGUUCACCAAGACCUCGCAGAAGUUCGGGCAGUGGGCUGACAGCAGGGCCAACACGGUCUACGGGCUGGGCUUCGCCUCCGAGCAGCACCUUAGCCAGUUUGCAGAGAAGUUCCAGGAGGUGAAGGAGGCCGCUCGUGUGGCCAGGGAGAAAUGCCAGGACAAGACUGAGCUCACCAACCCUGCCCUGAGCAUCCCUUCCCACCAGGUGCUGCCCAGCCCCAUCAUCAGCUCCAACGGGCCGGGGGAGGACAAGCUGUUCCGCAGCCAGAGCGCCGAUGUGGAGAGCAGCACCGAGAAGGAGAGGCUCAAGAAGAUGCUCUCAGAGGGCUCGGUGAGCGAGGUGCAGUGGGAGGCAGAGUUCUUCAGCCUGCAGGACAACAACUCCAAGCUGGUGGCUGCCCUGCACGAGGCCAACGCCAGCGUGGAGCAGUGGAAGCAGCAGCUGGCGGCGUACCAGGAGGAGACGGAGGCACUGCGCCUCAGGGUGGCAGAGCUGGAGGCACAGGGCACCCACGAUUCCUCCAGCGAGAACAACAAGGAGGAGCUGAGCCAGACCCUGGAGGAGCUGGAGCUGCUGGUCAAGGCUAAAGAUGAGGAGAUCCAGAUGCUGAAGAGCCAGAGGUGCCGCUGGGAGGCCGAGGGGGAGCGCGAGGAGACGCUGCAGAAGCUGCAGGAGCUGGAGGCCCGGAACGCGGAGCUGGAGCAGCGGCUGCAGCUGGCAGAGCAGAGCCUGGCAGAGAGCCUGGCAGACAGGGACAGGAUGCACCACGAGGUCGCCAAGGCGGCCGAGAUCAUGGACGUGAAGAUCUUCGAGCUCAGCGAGCUCAGGCAGGGCCUGGCCAAGCUGGUGGAGAGCAACUGAGAGCAGCAGAGAGCCCCUGGGCAGGGGCACCUCAGCUGGGGCCGGGCACCACCCAGGGAUCCCGAGGGCACCAAGAGAUUCUGUGGGCACUGAGAACUCCUGUGGGCACCAAGAGAUCCUGUGGGCACCAAGAGAUCCCGAGGGCACCCAGAGAUCCUUUGGGCACCACCGUGAGAUCCUGUGGGCACUGAGAACUCCUGUGGGCACCAAGAGAACCCGAGGGCACCCAGAGAUCCUGUGGGCACCACCGUGAGAUUCUGUGGGCACUGAGAACUCCUGUGGGCACCACCAAGAGAUGCUGAGGGCACCAUGAGAUCCUGUGAACAUCAAGAGCUCCUGUGGGCACCAUCCAGAGCUCCCGUGGGCACCCAGCAGCCCCGGUGCUGCCCGGGCAGCAUUUGCCACCCACCAGCAGCUGCCUGGACAGAGCGGGCACCAGACUGGUCACUCAGUGCCCAGCGAGCCCCAGAGCCCCAAAUCCCCUCCAGGGAGCCCCUGAACCCCCAAACCUCUCCAGGGAGCCCCUGCACCCCCAGCAGAGCUCUCUGGCCCUGCCCUGGCCCAGGGGUGCCAGCUGUGCCCGUGCCACCCCUGCUGCCACCGUGUCCCCGAGGUUUUUACAUUUCCUAAGGGCAGGGCCGAGCCUUGGGGCAGGAUUGAUUCUUUUUUCUGUAGUUUUUUUAGGAAACCACUUGCCUUUUGCAGAGCAGCUGCCUGCUCCCCCUGGCUGGGGAGGCAGGAGGAGCUGGGCACUGCCAGGAGUUCCUCCUCUUCCUCUUCCUCCAUGCUGGGUGCUCCCAGCAGGAUCCAGCCCCUGGAGCAUCCCGGGGAGCAGAGGUGGAGGAAAAUUCUGGAAGGUUUUCCCUGGCCCCAGAGGAAAAUCUGCAUUUUCACAGCCUGGAUGAGCUGAGGAUUGAAGGACUGCUGGAAAUGUUGGGGCUGGGCACGGGGAAUUUGGGACAAGGGACGUCCCUCAGGGCCACCAAGCUGCUGGGCUGGCAUCGCUGCAGCCCCGGGGGCUGAGGUUAAUUGGAAUUAAAUGGAGCAAAUCGCAGCUGCU